UCACGUCUCAAAGCGUUCGACCUAUCACUUAUGAUUGAUUGCUUAUAACAGAUAAAGGUGGGAGACUUGUAUCGGAGCAGCACAGAAAGACGAAGAAAGCGCUGGCUGUAGUAACGGAGGCAGACGAACUCGAAGAAAGAGAAAGCCAUGAUUCCUAGGAAGACAAUAUGGAUCCCGAGUCAUCUGCGCCCCUGGAGCGAUCGACGUCACAGCUCUCCGCGACCUCGGUCUCGGCCUCUGCCUCAGCCUCAGCACGGGUCACUCGAAACCAUUCCACGCGCGCAAAGUCCAAGUCUAGGAAAUUGAUUUCGCAACCCUCAAGCUCAGCUUCGUCUAUCGCCGCCUCUGACAAGUCUCUCACUUCAUUUCCUUCAUUCUCUCCCCAGUCACCUCACCGCGAAUUUUCCUUGGCCACUCCCGAAUCUUCGUCUUCUACGAUCAAUGCCGAGAGAAAACUUUCCGAGGUCAUGACUACUACCACAACCUCCAUCGUUGAUACUUUGACGUCAUCCGAAAACCAGAAGUCGGCCCGUAAUGCGCUGUUCGACGACACUCUCCUAGCUCCAAAAAAGAUACCCGGUGCCCUCCACCACGCCGAUGAUAAGCACAUUGAACGUUUAAUCGCGAAACAUGGGGCUGUUAAUCUCGUGCGCCAGAUCGCUGAGGAUCUAGCGCAUCGUGACCAUCAGAUUGCGAAAUUGAGGAGGAGAGCGGACGAGAGAGAGAGGGCGCUGCGAAAAAUACUACUUGGGUGCGGAUUAUCUAGUUUGGACCUCGAAACGAAACUCCGUGCGGUAGAAGCAGAACUGCAAUCACAGAACAAGAUAGAAUGUGCUUCGACAGGUGAUGUCUCCGGUAUGAUGAGUGAUGCGAUGCACGAAUCCAUGUCUUACAACGCCUUGGGCAUCAACGAACCAAACGACGCGACCCUCAGAGCAACGAGCUUAUCCGUUCCAAAAGACAGCAAUGCAAAUAAAGGCACAAUAAAAACUUUAAAGGAUUAUCUAUGGGGUGGUGGUACGAGUAGAAAGACUAGCAGAGCAGGUAGCAUCAACGAAGAAAUUACCAAAACGGUCAUUCGUGCACCAACUCCUGGAGAUCGACGACCUGUUAUCCAAGAAGACCUCUUCACCCCACCGGAUGCCGAAUCUAUACGAAGCUCAAGUCGCGCUUCGAGCAUCUACUCAAAGGAUGCAAAUAGAAAACCCUCGGCAUCAUUUGCAAGCAUGGCUUUGCAGCUUGUAGCUGGGAAAGCCUCGAUCCGCGAUUCUGACUCUGUUAGGGGGAGGUCAAAUUCCGCAGGUCAGGGUGGUUCUGUGAGGUCCUCGUCCAACGCUAGCUCUAACACAGGAGCCUCGAACCGAGCCGUAUCUUCGCAAGGGGGUCCUAAGGCGCUGAUGUCGAUGCGACGAUCGACCCCCAAACCAUCAAGUAUUCAACAUUUGCGACCACGUGAGAGAUGGGAAAGCAUAGGGGCAAAUCCGGAGAGUCCGUCAGCAAUAAGGUCUGAUAACUAUGGACCUGUUGAAAUGGAUACCAUAUUUUCCCCAGAGGGCCAACCGCCUGCUUUAUCACAACUCUAUAACAAUCACAAUGACGGCGAGUACUUGAUUGAUCGCUUUGGCUUCAUCUACGAUCAACGACGAAAGAAGAGACAACGCGAAGCAAACCAGGUCGCUCUUCAGAUGAAGAAGGGGCAUGAAAUGCUUUCUGGUGGAAGGUCGAACAUCUCGCCUAAUUUGCUUGAAGAUGAUGCAGCUUCGAUUCCAAACCUCGGCAGCGAUGGUCGCUCUGCGAGCCCCACGUCCAUUGAAGAACCUGUUGAACAGGGUAGGCCAAAACGAUGGCAGGAUUACCUCAAGAUUGCCACUUUUCCAACUGAACUACUCUCUCACACACCUUCUAUGACGGCCUCGAAUAUACAGGUCCUAGAAGGGACUGAGCCACCCAAGUCCCCAAGCCUGAUCAACUCGGACGACCGAGGUUUCGUCCCAUCCGCCUAUACAACUACUUCGGCUCUAGACAGAGAAGCGAGCCCGAAACAGGACGAAGAUUCGCCUACUGCCACGUUAGUGCAUGAAGAUACGGAACCUGUAAAGCUUCUUCUUAAGCAGUUGAGCGAUGUUCAUGACACCCUACAAAAAGAUAAGUCCGUCCGCUGGAACGAAUUUCUACGAAAAGUGCGUGCUGAGCGCCGGCGCGAAGGAGAGGCCGCUGCUGCUACUGCCGCCGCCGCCGCGGAGGCUCGUUUCCAGCUAGCGCCUGUCAUGAUUCCUGAAGCCAAGCUUACUGAUGGCGAGACCAUUGGUAUAGCAGAUCUUGGUGUCAAAGGAAAAGUUGGACGUGCAAAAUGGAAUGAAUUUCGAAACCUCGUGCUCGGUGGUAUCCCCGUUGCGCACCGACCCAAGAUCUGGGCAGAAUGCUCUGGUGCUCUUUCUAAGAGGACGCCCGGCUAUUAUAUGGACCUUGUCACACGACCCAGCGAUGCUGACGAUGCGGCCGUUAUCUCUCAGAUCGAAAUGGAUAUCAACCGUACGCUUACGGAUAACAUUUUCUUCCGCAAAGGACCCGGUGUUCCUAAGCUCAAUGAAGUUCUACGGGCGUAUGCUAGGCACAACCCCGAAGUGGGAUACUGCCAAGGCAUGAAUUUAAUCGCGGCCAAUCUAUUACUUAUCAUGCCGUCUGCCGAGGAUGCCUUUUGGGUCUUCGUGUCUAUCAUUGAACGUAUCUUGCCCCAGGGGUACUAUGACCACAGUCUAAUGGCAUCCCGUGCAGAUCAACAGGUCUUGCGUCUAUACGUCAGGGAAGUCCUCCCUAAGCUAUCUCAACACCUCGAGGCACUAUGCAUAGAGCUUGAAGCCUUGACCUUCCAAUGGUUCCUCAGCGUCUUUACCGAUUGUCUUUCUGCCGAGGCCCUAUUCCGGGUCUGGGACGUGGUGCUUUGCAUCAAUGAUGGCAGCACAUUCCUAUUCCAAGUCGCACUCGCCCUCCUCAAACUCAACGAACGCCAGCUACUAGAUUGCGAUACUCCCGCGUCCAUAUACACUUACAUCAACCACCAGAUGACCAAUCACGCCAUCAGCAUCGACGGCCUAAUUCAAGCCUCCGAGGGUCUUCGACGUGUCGUCCGCAGAGAAGAUGUGGAGGAGCGGAGGACCAAAGCUAUCGAGGCGGAUAAGCAGUUCAUGAAGGAACGGGAAGAACGCAGUCUUCAACGACAACGCAACCAGCAGAAAGGCUUAUCAGUGCCCGCGCUCAUCACGGAAACCAGUGCCUCUGCCACCUCCUCCGCGUGUCCAAGCCCGAUUCCGAACCCAACUAUAAUACGAGAUGAUAGCGAGGGUGGCAGUAUAACGAGCCUGAGCGCCUUGGACGAUGAUGAAACGCAGGAUGGUCACGAGCCGAGAACGCCGAUGCCGGGAGAUGUGGAAGCGUCGUUUGGGCUUGGAGCAUAGGGAUGGGUGGUUAAGUACCUACUUAGGCGCCUGUCUACCUUCCUGCCUGCCCACCUACCUAGGUAAAUAGUUGAAGUGUUAUGCAGGGGAUGUUCAAUAGAAAU